GACGCAUCUGCUCUACUGACCAACAAGAUGGCAGAUAUCUAUGAGAAUAAUGAUUUUCAUCAUGUGGGGGAUCAGAAACAAUUUAAGGCUGGGAAAACACCAGAGCCAUCAGGGCAUCAGUGGUGUGAUGAAGAUGAUGAGAGUGAUGCAGACUAUGAAAACAUUGAACACACCCUAGAAAUGAAGGAGACCAGCCAAACCCCAGAGAGGAGAAGGCAGGACAACUCAGAGAAAGGAACAGAAGAGCUGAAAUCUAGCACAACUGCUGCUUUUUCCAUCAUUCUGCUGUAUGUCCUGCUGUUGAUGGUCACUCUGGGUUGGGUAGGCUUCAUCACAGUGGUCUUCAUAAAGUAUUCUGCACUGACAGAAGAGAUUCAGCACCUCCGAAUGAGUCACAUCACCUUGAAGGAGAACAUGUCUCAGCUGUCGUCCAGCCUGAACAGUUCAUCUUCCCAGCUCCAAGCUCAAGAAUGUAUAAAAGUGUGCCCCUGUGACUGGAUCCUGUUCAGUGGAAGUUGUUACUAUUAUUCAAAGGAAUCAAGAAACUGGAGUAGAGCUCAAGAGUACUGUGUCAACCAGGCUUCUAACCUUGCCAUUAUCAACAAUGUAGAUGAGCUGAUAUAUCUAAGACAAAAACUGUCUUCCAACCACUGGGUGGGGUUGAGUGACCGUAACACUGAAGGGAGCUGGAAAUGGGUGGAUGGAAGACUAGUGGAUAUGAGUGACAAGUACUGGAAUGCUGGGGAGCCGAACAAUGUGAAGGACGAGGACUGUGGAGAGCUGACAGACAGGAAAAUAAAUGAUAGGUCUUGCAGCUCAGACAUUCCAUGGAUUUGUGAGAAGAGAGCCUAACCACCUCAGCUGUUCUGGCUUCAUCUGUUCUACCUAAAAUUAGAAAAUAUCAUGUUUAUCUAACUGUCACUUUUUAACAAGACAUGGGGUCAAAGGGAUGGGUGUGAAACUCUGUUAUGCAUUUGCAUCUUUAUUUUUGGUUUCAUUUUAGCGCUUUCUGCCUUUCAGUAUAGAGGCUACAAAUAACUGGUGUGAAAACAGCCCGGUGUUUUCAAAAUCACAUUUGAAAAUAACAAGCAGCUCAGUCAGUGUUCAGUAUGAAUUUGGAACAUCAGUGUCCAUCCUGUGACUAUCAUUAUCUGUGUUCAUCCCAAUAAGUGACUGUAAUAUUCAGAUAUCAUUCUGAACAUGACAGAAUUUAUCUGAAUCACUGAAUUAUUCCUUUCUCAUUUUUUAACUUUGUGGCCCUGAAGUGGAAAUGUCACAGCUCAGUUCAUUCUUAUACUAGACAAAGCAUAAUCAUAACAAUAUUUCAAUGUCAGAAAUGUAACAAAGUGAGAUUGGAACUGAAAAGAUUUUGUGAUCGUUUAAUGUUUGAAGAGACUAUCACAAAGUCUCUCGUGAUGUCGAUGGCAGUGGAGCUAGUCCUGAAUGGACAGAGGUGAAAUCCCAUUAUUUCCAUUCCCAGAAGCGCAUCUCAGUCCUCUCCCAGAUGGGGAUCCCAAUCCAUCGCAGGGACACAGAGGGAAGAAAAAUGUGAAGGUACAGUAGUCAUUAUCAUAGCCAACACACCAUUGGGAGUGGGGAGGAAACAAGAGCACUGGGAGGGGGACGACGACGACACACGAACAUGCAAACUCCAAACAGACAGAUUGUCAAGGCUGAAAACUUAAGCUAUGAGGCUGCAGUGCUUACAACCCAAAAGAAAUCUGUGCUGAUCAAUGUCAAUGUUUGUCAUACAAAUCUCUGUAAUUGCACAAAAUUGUAAUGCCUUUUCUGUUUCUACUAAAGCCUUGCUUUUCCAUUUAAAAAUGUAAGUUCUGAUUAUUUUUUUCAGCAGGCUUUUUUUCACAGAUCUGAGAAUUACUUUUCACAAAGAAGAGGUUCACUGUGCAAAGGUUAUACCAGAUAAUGCAAAAUUAGUUCUGGUUACACAAAGCCACAACAUCUUUCACUACCUAAACCACACUUCUAUUUCUGGCUUUCUAUUCUCUCUUGAGAAUUUUACU